GGCCGGCAAGUAGGAUGCGGAAGUGUCCGUUACAGUAGGAAAGCUCGGCUGCCCAGCGGUUGCCACCAUGGCAGCAGCUGGGGGCCCGGGAGGCGGCGUUGACAGUCCGGUGGCGACGGCAGGUAACCGACAAUUGAAGUACAUUAGUUUAGCAGUCUUGGUGGUGCAAAAUGCCUCUCUCAUCCUCAGCAUUCGCUAUGUGCGCACCUUGCCAGGGGACCGAUUCUUUGCUACCACAGCGGUGGUUAUGGCUGAAAUUCUUAAGGGAAUCACCUGCCUACUGCUCAUCUUUAUUCAGAAGCGAGGUAAUCUGAGACAGUUUGGUGCCUCUUUGUAUGAUUCCAUUUUGGUACAGUAUAUGGACACUCUGAAGCUAGCAGUGCCUUCUCUCAUUUACACCCUCCAAAACAAUCUGCAGUAUGUGGCCAUCUCCAACCUGCCAGCAGCUACCUUCCAGGUCACCUACCAGCUGAAGAUCCUCACCACCGCUGUCUUCUCGGUACUGAUGCUGCGCAAGAGCCUGUCCCGUCUUCAGUGGCUGUCCCUCCUGCUGCUUUUUGCCGGUGUAGCCAUUGUCCAGGUGGAGCAGCAGCAGGGAGGGGGCAAACCCGCCCACAAAGGCCAGGGGAUGCAACAAAGCUACAUGGUGGGACUUGUGGCCGUGGUGGUGUCCUGCCUCUCGUCUGGCUUUGCUGGGGUCUAUUUUGAAAAGAUCCUCAAAGGCAGCACAGCCUCGGUUUGGCUACGUAACGUCCAACUGGGCAUCUUCGGGACCUUGCUGGGGCUGUUGGGGCUGUGGUCCACCGAGGGGGCAGCCGUAGCUCAGCAUGGAUUCUUCUUUGGCUACACCCCACUGGUGUGGGGAGUGAUCCUGAAUCAGGCUUUUGGUGGCCUCUUGGUGGCAUUGGUUGUGAAAUACGCCGACAACAUCCUCAAAGGCUUUGCCACUUCCUUCUCCAUUGUGGUGUCCACCGUGGCUUCUAUCUACCUCUUUGACUUCCACCUCAACCUACUCUUUGCCCUAGGAGCAGGCCUGGUCAUAGGGGCUGUCUAUCUGUACAGCUUGCCCAAGGGACCAUUGUCCAGUCGAUCCCUGGUGGGUGCAGCUAUCCAGCAGCAGGGCCAUGGAGCACAAAGCAAGGAACUUCCUUCCGUGACUACAGAUGGCUUCCUGUCCAAGUCAGUACUGAUCAGUUGAGAAGAACAGAACACCUCCUGCAUUACCUGUCACUAGUUUCUUGUGAAGGUUCACAAAACCUGGAGCCCUUUUUUGCAAUGUCCAUCUUUUUCACUUCUGACCUCUCUUUCCCUAGGUCUUCUCUGCUUUUUCAUCUCCUCCCCCUCUUUGCCUUGGUCUUUAUGUUCUCCACUGUGUGCUGACCACUCAUAUUGUCUUCCUUUUUCUCUCAUCUGCUUCCCAACUUAUUCAGCUUUAUAGACCCAUAAAUUGUUAUUUUGUCCAAUUACAUAUUUAUGUAUAGUUCUCCACACACUUCAGCUGGUACCUGCCAUUGUUUGCUUGAAUUGUUCACCUUCUCUUUGACUUCUAACUUUCCUCUCCGUCCUGCACUUGGUGACAUUGCCUCCUGAAACGCAACUCAAGGCAGAACUGUUUUGGGAAUAUUCUGCCCCAAGAACUUCCUUAUGUCUGGUCAGCAGGAAGAAAUUUUAUAAAGAAGUGUACUUUUAAUAAAAGUACACAAUCACAAGAUAUAGUCAGAAGAAGGAUUGAGAGGGGGAUAUAUAUCAGCACAUAAAGAGAGAAAUGUGAAGAAAAAUGUCAUUUGCCCUUUGAGAACAUACAAAUGGUUUUUUAAAUGCCAGGUGUAUGAAAGUAAUAGGAAUUAGCUUGUUUAGAGCUGUUUGCUCAAAAAUUGAAAAAUGUAUCUACUGUAAGCAGAUGAAAAGUGAACAAGAAAGGUUGUGUAUGGGUGUGUGUAUGUGGCAGUACCAGGCCAGUGAAAACAAGGUAUUGGGUAUUUGAGUUGCUUGGCAUUCUGUUUUUGUUCCUUCUCCAGCUUUGCUGUUGAAUCAUUGUGGAAAGGGAACCAAGUUUGAGGUGUAGUUAAUUCUUUCCUUCCUUCAGUGUAUGUUUAGAAUAUUAAAUGUUUGGGAGUUACCGGGCAAAUGUUGAAUCAUUAGUAAUUAAUUUGUUUUGUUACGGACAGAGAAGAUGGACUGGAACAGAUUGUCUCAUUUCACAUAAGGCACACCUGGCUUGAAGUAAGAAGAAUCUCAGGGUAAAGGUUAUUAGGGUAGAGCCACCAGAUAUGAGCAUAUAAUGUCUAUACAGUAUGGGAAGGGGAAUUUGCAUCAGCCAGAGAUUAAAAGGAUGACCAUCUGCUGGUGUUGUGGCUAUUAGAAAGCCAAAAUUGGCCUUCUGGAACUCCAGGACAACCACUGAGGAGGCUGUGGAGCAGAAGCUAAGACUCUGAGUGCCAUUCCUUUCUUUUGUACUUUGCGAGGAGGAGAGGGGAUUAAAUGAAAACAGGGUUCUUAGUGAACGUCUAAGCCCAUUUAAAGUAUGUGUCCUCCCUCUUCUCCCAUCCUCACCCCAAGAGGUCUCCCUUUGAUCUGCCUUCCCAGGCAACCAUCUGUACAGGCGCACACUAAUUGUCCAGCUUGAUGGUUCACAUGUUGUGUACAUUUUGAACCUAAAAGCAACAGGAAAGAGAGGCUGAGAUUCUGAGAAGUUGGAGCCCUCCUCUGCCUCAGUUUCCUUGUUAUGUUAAUACAUGAGCCUUUUUGGGGUGUGAACUGCCACUCCUUAAUCCUUAGGUGUUUUAUCUAGAAAUACAAUGAGAUUUGUAUAGGUUUGUUGGUUGAGGGGGGAGUACACUAACCCUGGAAUGUGUUUGAAGGGGGUGGGAGAGUGUUGGGUGAAUUCUAUUUCCUUUUGAAAUGGGAAGAAUAAACACAAGUCACCGUGAUGUGUGUGAGUGUGUAUGUACAUGUUUUUUUACAUUGCUAAUCAUUUUUUUAUGAAUUCUGCUUUUUUAAGGAAAACAAUCAAAGAAAGCCUGUACUGUUUGUCAAUGUACAUAAAUUACAGAUGAAUAAAGAGCGUGUAUUUA